AUGGCUCUACUCCCGGCAUCUCGAGUAACACCAUCUCUUGUGUUCGAGACUACAGGGCUGGAUUACGCCGGGCCAGUCACCAUGAAGACUUUUCAGGGCAGAGGUGCAAAGUCCUUUAAGGGUUUGAUAGCAGUGUUCAUAUGCUUCUCUACCUCUGCCGUUCAUCUCGAAGUAGUCUCUGACUACUCCACCAAAGGAUUUCUCAAGGCAUUUCGACGGUUUACCAGCUGCAGGGGCAUUUUAAAAACGCUCAGAAGCGACUGUGGUACCAACUCCCAAGGAGCAAACAAGCAGCUUAAGGAGCUACUCUCAGCUGCAACGAAGGAAUCCCUCAAGAUCCAGAGACUUCUCGCUAAUGACGGCACUAAAUGGAUGUUCAAUCCUCCAGCAGCACCACAUAUGGGUGGAAAAUGGGAGGCGGCGGUGAAAUCAAUCAAGUAUCAUCUCAAACGAACCAUCUCGGAUACGUUGCUAACGUUCGAAGACUUCUCCACGUUCUUAGCUCAAGUUGAGGCGGUUCUCAACUCUAGACCUCUCAGCUCUCUCUCGGAAGACACUGAUGACAUCAGAGCAUUAACACUAGGGCAUUUCAUCAGAAGGAAAGCAUUAACAACUAUCCCCGAGCCUUCACUAAUAGACAUCUCAGAUUCCAGGUUAUCUCAUUUCCAGCGGAUUCAUGAGCGCUUCCAGCAAUUUUGGAAAAGGUGGUCGACGGAAUGCCUGCAAGCGCAUCAGACCACAUCCAAAUAG